AUGGCGGAGGAGGAGGAAGGAGAGGAAAGAGGCGAGAAUGUGGAGGACCUGGAUGCGGCAGAUGCUGGCGAAGGCGCCCAACCUGAGCCGGUGCAAAAACUCCCCGAGGAUAUAGAGGCAGAAAAAUUGGGGAAGUUAGAAGCAGAAUUUGAGGAGGUACUUCCAUAACUGCAUCAUGUACAUGUUUUUGCAUCUUCGGACUAUUGUAUUUGCUGCUGCUGUUGCUGGUUGUUUUCCUCGGAACAUAUUUUGUCACGACGCUUCGACGAUGUUCAUCUUGUAGUGAUGGAAAAGCUUCUUCAUCACGAAGAUUUGAAUCAUCUGCAUUCGUACGUAAAGUAAUUUCAACUUGUCUGCAGGUUGUAGCACAACUAGUUGCCGACAAGGGGCUCGAGCACUUUCGCGCGGAAUACGAGAAGCUUUUCCGGGCAGUGAAAAAAAGCCACGAGAGCGAGACACGCCUUUUUAUGAAUGGGCUUGUGUGACGAGUGUAAAUAAGUACCUAGUACUGGAUGUUGUAGAUUUAAACAGGACAGGGGCACAGCUCUUCGCCACUAUAAUUGCUUUCCACUACUUACUCCUAGCGUCUGAUAUAUUGAUUUUCUUGUCGUUCUUCAUUUUUUCCCAAUCAAUGGAUACCUACGGCGUCUGUCCACCUCCACCCAAGCCUGACCGAGCCUUUCAUAUUGAUGAAGAAAGGACGGGAGUUGAACGGAGAGAUUGUGGAGAAUGCGGAGAAGGUGGAAACGGCUCUCCGCAUGUCAGAAGCGGACGAAGCUACUAUCAACGAAUUGAAAUCAGAAAUUACAAGAGCUUGGGGCUUAGUCGAGGCUGCCGCAGAAAAAGAGUCGAACGCCAAAAAAACUAUCCAGACGCUGAAAUUAGAGAUCGGGAAACUCAGUAUAGAUGUGUGCUACUUGAUGCUUGUUCUUUGAAGAAAUACCAAAUACGAUUUUCCUUGCUAUUUUCCUUUUACCAACUACAAGACUUGACGGAUUAUUACUUGCAAUUAUUUUUGAGGUGGUACCUGAAUUUUCAAUUUCAUUUCCCACUCUCUCCGCAGAUAAACUAGUGGAGGAGGGUGCCGUAAUAGCGAAGUCUCAGGAGGAAACGGUGAAUAAGCUACGAAAGGAAAGAGAAGAGCUGACCGACAGCAAGCAGCAUCUGCAGAAAACCUCCGACACACUCACUGUAUCUAAACUGCAAUGUUGACUCGUGAUUUCGCUAGUGUUGCAAUGAAUAAUGAGUCUAAAAGCGGCACCAAAUGAAACAAUAGUUGAUCGUAAAUCGCAGUAUUUCGUACUAGCGCAGUUUCUACUUUUUUAAGUAAAUCUUACUUUUCAUAACUGUCUACUUUUUCUAGGCUGGCAAUGCAGCGUUGCUGGCGCAGUUGGAGACGGUGGAGAGCGAGCGGAGUGAGGGACAGCUGGAGAUAACGAGUCUGCGGGAAAUGAACGCAUCGAAGAAAAACGAGAGCGAACGGCAACAGCGCGCACUUGAUCGUGUCUCCAAGGACAUGGCGGAACUCAAGCACACGUAUCAAAAUCUCGGCUUAGGAUUCACAACUGCAGCAGAACAAUGAAUGAGUUCUGUCGGUAAAAAAUUUGGCGUUUCCAUGAGGUUGAAACAUAGAUGUUGCAGAAAUCAAGUGGUAUCUUAAAUUACCAAAAAAUACCUAAACCUGCCAUUCAUUGUCGUAGUUUAACUUGAAAUCCACAAGUAAAAAUUCGAGUUGCUUAUAUAACCACAGAUUAUAACUAGCUGAUUUAUUUCGCUAGCACUGCGUGCUCUAACUCAAGAAGUACUGCAGGAGCAGACGAGUACAUUUGAGAUGCAACGAGAAAGGACCGCGCUGAUAGAGCAGCAACUGAAGGAGCAAAAUCGAAUCCUGGAGAAGUUGCAAGUGCAGGAAAAACUUCUUAGUGAAGAUCUGAAACGAGCAGAGAAGGCGUUCGCGGAGGCGGUCGAGAAGAAGGACGAUUUGAGCAACAGCAAUAUGGAAUUGAAGGGCAAGAUAAAGAAGCUCAACGAGGAUUUGCGGAUUUGCCGACAGGAAAGCGAGUUAUGGCCAAAAAAUGUUUGCAGUUUCGUCGGGCUUACAAGUUUUAUUCGGUGCACAGGUCCUGCGCCACCGUAGCUGAGUACCUCGUACUUGACGGGUGUGCGAAGUAAAUGAUUGCGUGCUCCUACUUCUAGGUAGUUGCUAGGGUCAGAAUUGGGCACCUCUCUCGAUUGCUUCAAUACCGCGAAAAUAUGUACUAGGUAGAGGGAACAAAAGUUCCUAAAGAUACAACUACUACCAAUUUCCUCUUCCUCCUUCAUGCAAAAAGGCGGAAAGGGUCUUGGUUGACGUAAAGAGGAAAAAAAGACUCGAAGAUCUGAAUUUUCGCGAGCUGUUGAGCACAAAGGAGGCUUUCGUCGCUGACACGAAAGAGAUAAUAAAAGAAAUAGAUCGAUUGCACGCCUUCGCGCAGAAGGACGACAACAAACUCAACUCCCUCUUGCACGAACGUACAGAUAAUUUUUGAAGAUUCAUUCCUAGUAGAGACGAUCCUAUGUAGUUGUAUCUAUAUAAAACGGUUGAUCUUGCUGACACUUCUGCUGUAGCAUUGCUACUUGAGACGCAUUGAUUUGUUUGUUAUGUGUUGAUCUCCAUUCUUCAUAAUUUCAUUCUCCUUCCUCGACCAACUGCUCUUGUCCAGGCGAUUUGUUGAAUAGGGCGAUGAUAAAGACGGAUGAGCGGUCGAAGCUUCAGAUGGACAGGGUAAAGGUUUUCGACAUGGCUGCAGACGCCAGCAGGGCAGAAAUGGAGAAGUGGAAGAGGGACGUCGCAGUGGGUCUUAAGAGGGUGCAGGAACUGGACAAAGCGCGAGAAAAGCUAGGCAUAGAAUGCAACGUUGCAAAUGCAAAGUAUUUUCGGACCUUGUGUACCUUGUGUAAGUAAUUGUUUCUGGUGGGAUGUUUCUAUCAACUUCAAGAACGUACAAAAGCAAUCUUCAGAUUCAAUCUUUUGUGGAUCUAAAACCCAUUCCAAUUCGCUACAGGUAUUUCCAGACGUUAGACCAGAUUAAAGGAGCGGAAAACAAGGCGGCGGACUUGCGCAAGACGUGCGGUGAAGUGAAGACGAAACUCAACCAGCAAAAAGAGCUAUAUCAGCAGCUUCGAACGGACAGGAAUAGCUACUCUCGGAAUUUGAUCGAAAGUCAAGACGAAAUAAGCGAGAUUUAUGACUUGCAAGAGUAAUUCUGCUAUUGGUGAGUUUAGACCCUGCCUAAGUAAAUUCAUCUUGCUGUUUGGAUGUUCAUAAUCUACUUGUUCUUUUUAAAUUAGCCCCAUCAAUCAGAAUAGAUAUAGAAUCCCGUGGUUUCCGCGCUCCGAACCCCAGUUUCGAUUGUGUGUGCAGAGAUAAGGCUUCCCCCCUGUUUCCAAAAAAAGACUUGGCCUCUGUGGUCUCCAGUAUAGAUACACCUCCUCCUAGUUCUUCAUAUAGCGAAGCGGAAAUUCAAGAUCAUGUUCCACCAGAUAGAGCAGUUGAAAGAGGAGAUUAGGGAGAAAGAUGAAGCCUUGAAGCGGGAGACGAACGAUUUCGAUCGCAAGAAGAAGGAGUGUGUGAAACGAAAGGAAGAGGCGAGCAAGGCGAAGCAGAAGCAACAGGCUUUAACGCAAUUGGCAGAGCUCGAGAAUGAGGAAAUCAAAAAACUCGAACACAGAAUACACGAGUUCGAAACGGUAACGACUUCUGAUUGUGUCUUGUAGUCGUUCGACUGAUCAUUGUUUCUAGGUUGGACUUGGAAUCCUUUGUCGUACUAUGGGUGCACCAACAUCAUCAUGGUUUUUAGCUUUCACAGGAUCAUCCUUAUUUUUUCUCAGCAAUGUUAGUUCCCGUGGAGGUCGUACGAGAGACCUCCUUCUGCUCCUGCUGAUCUUCCUUACAAAUAUCCUUGCCCCUCUUCGUCCUUAUAAACAGACACGCCUAGCGCAGAAAGCGGAGUACGAGGAAGUCGUUGCAGAGCGAGAUCUCUUAGGAACGCAACUGAUCAGGCGGAAUGACGAGUUAGCUUUACUGUACGAAAAGGUGAAAAUCCAAUUUUCUACGUUGGAAAAGGCUGAACUCGUCUACACCGAUCUCGAGGACGACCUGCGGAACAUGAAGGUGACGCAUAGGACGCUGCAGCGAGAAGCAGAGCGCAACAAGGCGAAGGUUCCACAUUUUUGAUAGGCUUUAGUAAUGACAAUAGAUUACGUAGCUGCCAUCGGGACAUUAACGACAACGGAAUCUUAUUUCGAUAAUACAAAGCCUACAGAUUGAUCAAUCUUCCGUCUCUCAUUUUCAGGGCUCAUCGCUCGACGACGUGAAGAGAAAAAUUUACGUUUUGCAGCGGAACUUGCUUCAAGAGCGGACAAAGGUCAAGGCUUUAUCAGAAGAACUCGAAAACCCCAUGAAUCUCCAUAGAUGGAGGAAGUUGGAAGGUAAACUUAUUCUUGUCAUAUAUUUGUUCAUUUGCUGUUCCGAUUAUGAUGCGUUAAGUAGUUUUAUUUUGCAGGAGGUAAGAAAGUGUGACUGAAAGAAUGGUGACUUUCAACAUCGGCAAGAAAUGAAUUAUUCUCUCCGAGAAAGUAAUAGUAAAUACAAACGAAAAUGAAUUUAGCUCUGUCUGCUCACUCUUGUCAAACAGGUUCCGAUCCGGCUGUCUAUGAGAUGAUAGAAAAAGUCAAAAGUUUGCAGAAGCGCCUCAUACACAAGACAGAGGAGAGCGUCAACUACGACCUCAUGCUGCAGGAAAAGGAGAAGCUCAUAGCGGAGCUUAAGUUACGAUGCACGAGGACUGGCUCACUGUUUCUAGCAUCAAUAGACUGAGGUUGAUCAGCCUAACUUUGAAUCCUCAACGUAAACAUAUUUAAUGAAGUUCGCAAGUGAACACCUUCGCCUCACGCGUGAAGAGGAGCACGACCAAGCUCAAAAUAAUCAGGCACUCCUACCUCUCUCUCUAAUCAAAGAGGUGACUGAGCGGCAGCCUGGCCCGGAGGUAGCUGCGCAGGUUUCCGCGUUCCAGACCUACUUGAAGGAAAUAACGAACCAAAUGAAAUCCAUCGCCGCUGAGUUGAACAUGUGCCACGCUCAAGUCACAGACUACCGCGACGAGGUCGAUAAGGCCCAAAAUGACCUUCAGGAGACGAAGAGGAAGUACUUCGACCAAAAGAGGCGGAAUCAGCUGUUUACAAAUGUAGACGGGUGAGAGGCCACCGGAGAAGGGCAAUGGUUGUGGCUGUGACUUCUAGAAGAUUAUCCCAAUUUCCUUUCUCAACUUCAAUAACUCCCUUAUUGUUUACACUAAAAAGCUUCGCCACAUCGGCUUUCCGUGGUGCUAGAUUACGCAUUUGGUUUAUUUGAUCAUCAUCAUUAUCGCACAGAGUGAAUCGUUCAAGCUGUUAAUUUUUUCCGAGUUUGUUAAGCAUUGUUUUUACCAUCUAACUAUCUCUGGGAAAAGGUGGUGCCCCCUCAUCCCAGGAUAGGCAGAUGAAUUUUGUUAGUUUGUUUGUAUUGUCACAUUGUCAACAAGAACAUCAUGUUGCCGGGCUCCCAGCUUCCGCCAUAGACCAUUUGUCACUACAUAGCAUUUUGCAGGCUGCUGCCCGUGUAACACGGAUUGGGAUGUACUCCAUUACCAUAAUGGCGUAAAUGAAACGGCAAAGACGAUGAAAAAUGUACGAUGAUGGAAUCUUUACCUCCAUCGGGAAAUGAACGACAUGCAAGAACUUCUAAAUAUGGCAAGGUAAUGC